AUGGCAAGUCCCUUUGGCGACCCGCCUCCGGGCAUCGAUCUCUACGAUAGCCACACUGCGCGGAACAAUGCCGUUACAAUUUCCCUGACCGUCCUCGCAACUGUUGCCGUGGUGCUACGCUUGUUUGCGAGAGUCAAGGUGCAGAAGAUUCGUCUUGAGGCCGACGACUGGUUUAUUGUCGCGGCGCUGGUACCGACGUAUGCAAUUCUCGCUUGUACCAUUGUCGGCGGGACGCACGGCCUUGGAAAGCACGUCUGGACUAUCCCCAUAGACGAGAUUGUCCGGGUCAACCAAACUCAUUUCGCCUACGUGCUCAUCUACGUCCUCGCCAUCCCCCUCAUCAAGCUCUCGGUCAUCUCCUUUUACCGCCGCAUCUUCGGCAUGACCCGUAUGAUGUGGCUCUGCGUCUUCCUAACCCUGGGCUACUUCAUCGCUUGCCCCAUCGCCUUCUGCGCCUGCUGUCGCCCGCCGUCGUACUAUUGGACCCAGUACGCAGACCCAUCAGGCGGCCAUUGCGCCUUCGACCUGUACCCGUUCUACAUCGGCAACGCGGCGGCGAAUGUCUUGACGGACGUGCUGAUCCUGGUUGUGCCCAUCCCGCUGGUCUGGAAACUGCAGAUGCGGACUGUGCAGAAGGUGCUUGUUACGGGUAUCUUUUUACUAGGUUCUUUCGUCUGCAUCGCCUCCCUAGUCCGAAUCUACUACAUGGUGCCCCUGAAAAGCAACCUCGACGUAACCUGGAUCAUGGCUGACGUGUAUGUUUGGUCCUCCGUCGAGCCCUGCAUGGGGAUCCUGUGUGCUUGUCUUCCAACGACACAACCUUUAUUCCGCCGCGCGCUGUCCCGGAUCCUGGGUUCCUCUGUCGCAAGGAAUAGAUUGGGUGGGAGCAGUACACCGCCUGGAACGCGGUCGAGUGUUCUGAAGAGGGGGACGAUGCUUGAAGGGCUUGGUGCCGGUUCUGGUGUUGGUAAGAAUCAAUUGAGUAAGUAUAGUACUGGGAAAGGAGUUGGGAUGCAUUUUCGGAGAGGCCUGGGGAUGCGGUUGAGGCCCGAGGGGGACCAGACGUUGUUGACGACGACAGCGACGGGGAACGUUGAGAUGGAUGAGUUUGGGGACGGGGAUGAUGGGAUGUAUAGAAAUGUAGAUAUGAGUGAUAGAGAUGGGGAUAGAGUGAGUGGAGGGGGUUUGGGGGUUGAGGGUAUCCAGGUCAAGACGCAGUUCCAGGUAUGGGAGGAGCAGAAGUAA